AUGCCCAGGGCUCUCCGUCUACUCCGCGCGGUCGCUCGCGUCGUGCCGCCCCCGCUCUUCAUAAUCCAUCGCAAAGCACGCACUUCGCCUGCUGAAGCUGCUCUCCCUGCACCCGAGGAACCGCAUGUUCUUGUGCUGGCCUCGGGCUCAACUGCUACGGUGGCGACCCUCGACGCGCCGCCUACCACCGCCAAUCGUAAAGCAAGGGUGCUGCGCUUCAAAUCCAAACGCCCGAGCCGCGCGCGCAGAACGGCGAAGGACGUCCUCCUGCUCAGUCUCGACGCCCUCUCCGAAUCCUCGGAUGUAUUCCCGCCGCUCAAGAGCGUCGUCGGCGGACUGCGCUUCUUCGUGGUGCGAGCCGAGCUCAUCUCCGACAACAAAGAUCAAGUCCGCGCCAUAUACGCACAGAUCGGCUCAUUCGCGGAAUCGCUGGUGCGCGCCAUUCCCGACGUUACUGCGCUCUCGCCCGCGCACAAGGCCGCUAUAGAAGCCCUUGCCCAACACCUGAGCGCCAUCUGCACGGACUUGGAAAUGGUUGUCAAGAAGCGCUCGUUGGCGCUUCGCUUUCUCCGUGCGAAGCGGGAUUCGGCACAGAUACAGGACCUUUCGAAGCGGCUUGACCAAGCUCACAGUGCUUUCACGAGAACCAUGUUGUCGAGCAUGCACAUUACCACCACGCAGAUCCUUGACUGUGUACAGCCCAUGCGUGUAGAGGUGCACCGCCUCUACCGUUUGGGGCUACUUUUUUUUUGCAACCGCAUAGACCUGUAUACUGAAACGCGCCUUCAACACAUCCGCCAUCGCGAAUCUGGCUCAUGA